CUUUUAAUGAAGGGACGGCAGUGGGAAAGAUGGCGGCGGCUCUGGGACCCUCUGGGUGGUGGCAGCGGUGGCGGCGGCGUUUGUCGGCUCGGAAUGGGUCCAGGAUGUUGCUCCUUCUUCUUUUGGUGGGGUCUGGGCAGGGGCCACGGCAAGUCGGGGCGGGUCAAACGUUCGAGUACUUGAAACGGGAGCACUCGCUGUCGAAGCCCUACCAGGGUGUGGGCACAGGCAGUUCCUCACUGUGGAAUCUGAUGGGCAAUGCCAUGGUGAUGACCCAGUAUAUCCGCCUUACCCCAGAUAUGCAAAGUAAACAGGGUGCCCUGUGGAACCGGGUGCCGUGCUUCCUGAGAGACUGGGAGUUGCAGGUGCACUUCAAAAUCCACGGACAAGGGAAGAAGAAUCUGCAUGGGGAUGGCUUGGCAAUCUGGUACACAAAGGAUCGGAUGCAGCCAGGGCCUGUGUUUGGAAACAUGGACAAAUUUGUGGGGCUGGGAGUAUUUGUAGACACGUACCCCAAUGAGGAGAAGCAGCAAGAGGCCCAGAAGAGGCGAUAUUCUCCAGGAGUCCAGCGGGUCUUCCCCUAUAUCUCAGCCAUGGUGAACAAUGGCUCCCUCAGCUAUGAUCAUGAGCGCGAUGGGCGGCCCACAGAGCUGGGGGGCUGUACAGCCAUUGUCCGCAAUCUGCACUAUGACACCUUCCUUGUGAUUCGCUAUGUCAAGAGGCAUUUGACGAUAAUGAUGGACAUCGAUGGCAAGCAUGAGUGGAGGGACUGCAUCGAGGUGCCCGGGGUCCGUCUGCCCCGGGGCUACUACUUUGGCACUUCGUCCAUCACUGGGGAUCUCUCGGAUAAUCAUGACGUCAUCUCCCUGAAGUUGUUUGAGCUGACGGUGGAGAGAACCCCAGAAGAGGAGAAGCUGCAUCGAGAUGUGUUCCUGCCCUCGGUAGACAACAUGAAGCUGCCUGAAGAGAACACAACACGGAUAACUCCUCAUACCUUCCAGGCAUCCAUUCGUUGGUUUUUGCUUUUCGUUCAAGCCUCUGUCCACCUGAGGAAUUUUCCCCUGGAAAUCUGUAUGGAAACUUCUUCCCUAUGUUGCCUUCUCCUUCCACUCAUUGCUGUCUCCAGAUGCAGCCUGAGCUGGAAGAGACAUCCGGAUGCCUCACUUUUGGGUGUUUCACUGAGCCUCGGCCCUCAGUCAGAUUUGGCCGAAAGUUGGUGUGCAAGUAGAAGCUUGUACGACUUCAUGGUUGCAAGGAGAAUAACUGGGAAAGUGACCAGCUCCGUGUUUCGACACCAGAAGCAGCAUUUGCCAUGUGAUCUGACCGUGUGGAGAUGUUUCUGGACUCUGGAGCCUGCUGAACUGCAUGUUUGGUGUUUAUCAUGACUUUUGGAAUCCCACUCUUGAGUGUUCAAAAUGUAAGGAAGCUUCGUUUUUAUAGCCUCGGCUUGGAUACUCCCCAAAGAGGAAACUUGGCUUCUUUUUCUUAAUGGAUGAGAAACAGUUGCUGUUCUCCUGUUGCAAAUCUGGGAGCAACGGACCCUCGUCAUCUGUGCCUGGAAGAGUUCAUCAUCAUUGAGCAACAGAGCCCGAGUGUCCUCCUCUGUGGGUCAAUCCUUAUUCCAAACUGCCUUAUCUGACAAGGGGUCAUGUGCUGCUCACCUGUCUGCCCUGUGAUUAAAAUGGCCAAUAGGCCAGUCUCCCUGGAGGGCCUGGAGCUCUGAGCUCUCCUAGCCAUGUACUUCUGUAGUCUAAGGGAAUUCUUUAAAUGGCUGAUGGAAACCAAACAUGAGCUUCCAACUUA